AUGCAUAAAUUAAAAUUCGGACCAAAUUUGUUCACUAAAUCAGAAGAGAUAAAAACUACGGUAAUAACAAAAGAUGAAUCGUCACCAGAUAAAAGUGACAGGAAAAUUGUUUGGAGAAGAACGAAAUGCUCGUUUGUGAAAAGACCAAUUCGACAUAUUGGAACUGUUUGUUUGUGUUAUUGUGAUCCGAAUGAUUGUACAACUUGUAGUGCUAGAAGUUCGGUAAGUUGUUUUCUAUUCUAAAAAUUAAAAUCUGAAAUUUUUCAGAUUGCCGAAGAACUUUCAAAUCGAUGGGGAUAUUCAUCAAUUAUUUCAUCACCUAAAAAAUUACCUGAUAACAAACAAUUUUCAACAAAAUCCAAAUCAACAUCUUCGUCUUGUUCUUCUGAUGGUUCUUCACUUUUUGGUGAUGAUUAUUCGACAAAAAAUCAAAGAAACAUUGUGAAGAAAGGAGAUGAAGUUUCGAGAAAUAGUUCGAAUUCUUUUGGUUGGUGACUUUUAAUAGAAAAUUAAGAAUAUUGGAAUUUUUCAGAUUCGGGUUAG